AUGUGCUUUUGGAUAUUUUCUUUAAUAUCUCUGCUAAGCUUUUCUCAAAUCGAGGCUCUUUAUUGUCCUUUUGGAUCUUUUCAAGUGCCGAAUGAAAACGUCUGCGCCUUUGCUAUCCCGAAAAGUGAAUACUACCACGGUGCUGUCCGAGGCUGUGCGAGUCGAGGAGCGGUGGUGGCAAGAGUGCAAAAUGCCUUCGAGAAUGCUUAUUUCUACGCUUUAAUCAACUCAAACUUCAACAACGAGGCUCCAUACAUUGGAGUCGAAAUGCAGCCGAAUGGCAACUUUUGGACGUACUCGGACGGAUCACAGCUCACCUAUCAAUAUUGGGCGCCUGGUGAACCCAGAAAUCGAAGUGAGACGAACAUUUGUGUGGUGGUCGACCCGGCGACGGCUCUCUGGAAAACAGCUGACUGCACCGUACCGCGUCCCUACUUUUGCACGUUGCUCGGAAAUGAUGGCCCUUGUCCAAAAAAUUGGGUCUACUUUGCUACCACAAAGUCCUGCUAUUAUCUUCAGAAUACCGUUUACAACGCUCAAACCCAGCACUGGUUCACGUACGACUUUAGCCAAGCUGAAAGCGAAUGUCAAAAGUCUGGCGCUCAUUUGGUGUCAAUUCACUCGACCGUGGAAAACAAUUUCGUUUACGACUUGAUUGGCACAAACUUCGAUGGUUCCGGCUCAGCGGUUUUGGCGUUUACCGGAUGGAACGGGGCCGAUGCAUGUUGGGCGAACUUCGCGUGGAUCGGGCUGCGGGGGACCGGAGCCAAAAGCAACGGGAUUUGGUCGGAUGGGACUCCGGUCGAUUUCACGACAGUCGGCACACCAAUUGUCGAAGACUACAACUGGAGGAUUAGCAACGAUCCUUCAUGCCAUUUGGGGGGCGAACUGAUGGUCGAUGGACCUCAACGCCGGAGAAAUUUGCUAAAACGUGUCAACGUAUCAGAAGUGCACCAU